AUGGCUUUGGCUUUCGCCCCACUUCAGCUCGCCACCCUUAUAGCCCUGCUCUGCGUGGCCGUCGCCGUCUCCGACAUGGCUCCCUCACCUUCUCCUUCUUCCUCUCCCUCAUCUUCGCCCUCUUCUUCUCCGUCUCCUUCAUCUUCAUCAUCAUCAUCUUCUUCUUCUUCUCCUUCAAUAUCGGCUCCUUGGGCCUCUCCCUCUUCAGCACCUUCACCGUCUGUCUUCGACAACCGCAUCCAAUACUACGACCUUCCCGAUGACGUCGACGCUCCCUCGCCGUCUGGUAGCGACGCCGCAGCUCCCGGCCCCGAUGGUUUCGUGGACUACGGUGCUUCUGAUCUCAUUUAG